UAUUCGAUCGAAAUGGAAAAUGGAGGCGGAGAUUUGGAGGCGAAAAUUGAGAUGUUGCUGAAUGUGGAGAAGCAGAUGAGGCAAGUGGGUGAUGUGGCAGGUACGAGGAAGGCCGUCACACCUCUUGCAAUUCUUCUUCUCACACCUCAAACAAUACCCCUCAUUUUCUCCCUCCAAGAAAGCCAAAGCCGGCGAAGGAGAGGAGCCGCAGUUCUGUGGGUACAAAUCCAAGAAAGGAAAACCCUGCUGAGUAAAGAAAACCAAGAAAAGCAGUGGGAGGGGGGAGAGACAGAGCGAGAAGGAGGCCUCAAAUUAUGGUUUGGGAUUACACUGGUUUUGGAUAUACAAGGUACAAUGCCAGAGACAUUAACAAAGAAAUACUAGGGUAAGCACAAUUCUGCAGCUGUCUCCUUCCGUGAUGAAACCUGUGUCAUUGCUAAGAGGAUAUAAAUCAGACAGGAGACCUGCAAACUCGACAAUGAUGGCAAUUCUGGAUGGCUUUCAGAAGGCAUAUUCCGUUGAUUUCAGACCACUCAAUGUACUGCGCACUGCUGCAUUCCAAGGGGCUCAUUAUAUUUCACCAUUGAAAAGGCAAAUAAUCUCGUAUGCAUCUGGUGAGCAGAGAUUUCCGCUUUUCUUAUGACUUGUAACAGUUAAUUUUCAGAACCAUG